AUGAGUGCGGUCGGUUUGAAGAGAUUUUAUCAAAAGCUGCUUUUAGGCCUUGGCAAUGAAGACGGGGUUGAGAAACACGACAGCGGGAAGUCGGUUUUUACUCUGUACAGACUUACACGGACUACGGACUCGGACGAACCGUUCUUAGAUGUUCUUAAACCUUCAUUUGUCUGCCUCGUACAUGUCGCGUGUCAUUGUCUUUGUCGGUCGUUGUCUGUGUGCAUCGCACAUCCGUCGCCGAGAGCUGCAAGUUGCGGUGUAUCGUUGGGUGCUGCGAGGAUCACUUGCUUCAUGGCUGCGAUCGCGUGCAUUGCCUGGGCCAGGGAGCGGGGAUCAUUUGCAGCACACUGGAAUGGCAUGCAUCGUGGUGGCUGGUGGCAAUCGUCGGGGUUCGAGUGCCAUGGUCGUGCGCAUCACGUGCGGUUGAGACCUCGAUCUGUAUCUCUUGUUUUCUUUUCGUUGGAAACCAGUAAGGUCGGUUUCCUUUCUUCUAUCAUGUCUUCGGGCUCUUCGACAUCCUCUUCCCAAAAUCUCUUGAAUUCUGUGAUUGAUAACUUUUUGAUUCUUCAAGACAUCCCAAUAGUCGUUUUUCCAAUAUCUUUGCGUAGGUUCACCGAUAUGGCUAUCGCCGAAGGUGUCCAAGUCGUCAUCUCUUUUGACUUCGUUCAAGUCGCAAGAUCUAUUCCUUUGUCGACCUUGUCUGAUACUGACUUGGUGUACUUUACCAUUCUUACGAGCUUCUUCGAUCUUGGGAGCUUUGGCUUCCUAGGGCUGGGGACUCCUUCACCAAGCCCCUCGAGGGUUUUCAAAGUCCCUCUUCAUCAUUUCGUUCCCAACGCCAUUUGCCUUAUGGUGGGCUUUUCCAUCAUUAGCCACUACAUACUUCACUCGUUUGAUGCAAACUUCUUUUUUUACUAUUACUGGAUGAAGCCCCAAAAGAGCUCAUUCUACUCGUCUCGUCGCAAUAAUGCAAACUUCCUCGACAACUUGCCCUCAAGUAACCUGUGUAUUACAGGCACACACAUACGCACACAUUCAUUAAAGAUUACACCUAGACAUGGCCAAAGGGUCGCCCGGCCCGCCGACCCGGCCCUGACCCGGCACAGACCCGGCCUGGUCAAACCCGUUGACCACGGGUCCAGGACCGGCCCGGAUUUCAGAAGGGCUGUAAAAGUACGGACUCGGCCCGGACACGAACCCGACACGAGUAUAGGUCCGUGCCAGUUCAGAGUUAGUGUUUUCGAGCUCGGCGACCCGGCGGACCAGGCCGGGUCGGGUUUUGGCCAUAUCUCCGGCAACUUCUCCCCCGUCCCCGAGCAACCCGUCCGCCACUCCCUCCCCGUCUCCGGCAAGAUCCCCGACUCCAUCCGCGGCGUCUACCUCCGCAACGGCGCCAACCCCCUCUUCCAGCCCCUCGCCGGCCACCACUUCUUCGACGGAGACGGCAUGAUCCACGCCGUCACCCUCCACGACGCCACCACCGCCUCCUACUCCUGCCGCUUCACCCAAACCCACCGCCUCUCCCAGGAGCUCGCCCUCGGCCGCCCCAUCUUCCCCAAAGCCAUCGGCGAGCUCCACGGCCACUCCGGCAUCGCCCGCCUCGCCCUCUUCUACGCCCGCAGCCUCUUCGGCCUCGUCGACCCCACUCACGGCACCGGCGUCGCCAACGCCGGCCUCGUCUUCUUCAACUCCCGCCUCCUCGCCAUGUCCGAGGACGACCUCCCCUACCACGUCCGCGUCACCCUCGACGGCGACCUCCAGACCGUCGGCCGCUACGACUUCGACCGCCAGCUGUCGUCCACCAUGAUCGCCCACCCGAAGCUCGACCCGUCCACCGGCGAGAUGUUCGCUUUAAGCUACGACGUCGUCCGAAAACCCUACCUCAAGUACUUCAAAUUCUCGAGGGACGGGACGAAAUCGGACGACGUGGAAAUCCCCGUGACAGACCCCACCAUGAUGCACGACUUCGCCAUCACCGAAAAUUUCGUGGUGGUUCCCGACCAGCAGGUCGUGUUCCGCCUGUCCGAGAUGGCGUGCGGCGGGUCCCCCGUCGUGUACGACGAGAACAAAAUGUCUCGGUUCGGCGUGCUCGAUAAAAACGCGCGCGACGCGCGCGGGAUCAAGUGGGUCGACGUGCCCGACUGCUUCUGCUUCCACCUGUGGAACGCGUGGGAAGAGCCCGACACAGACGAGGUGGUUGUGAUCGGCUCGUGCAUGACUCCUCCCGACUCGGUAUUCAACGAGUGCGACGAGGGGUUAGAAAGCGUGUUGUCUGAGAUUCGGCUCGAUUUGAAAACGGGCGAGUCGAGGAGAAGGGCGAUUUUGUCCGAGGAGGAUCGGGUGAAUUUGGAGGCCGGGAUGGUCAACAGGAACAGGCUCGGGAGGAAGACGCGCUACGCGUAUCUAGCGAUCGCGGAGCCGUGGCCCAAGGUGUCGGGUUUCGCCAAGGUGGAUUUGUUCACGGGUCGGGUGGAGAAGUUUGUUUACGGAGAGGAGAAGUUUGGUGGGGAGCCGAUGUUUGUUCCGCGGGGCCCGGAGUGCGAGCGGGAGGACGAUGGGUAUGUGCUGGUUUUUGUGCACGAUGAGAAGGCGUGCAAGUCGGAGCUGCAGAUUGUGAAUGCCGUGACUAUGGAAUUGGAAGCCAGUGUUAAGCUUCCGUCUAGGGUGCCGUACGGUUUUCACGGAACGUUUGUGAGCUCCAAGGACCUUGCCAAUCAGGCUUGA